AUGGGUCUUUGUUCGUUCGUCCCCAUGCCUCCUUCUUCCUCUGCCAUCCUGUCUGAUAUGGCUGAGAUGAAGAAAUUUGACAAGUUGAAGAUGAAGAAGACAGAAAUACAAGAGAAAAAUCUGCUGCCUCCUAAAGAAACAAUUGAACAGAAGCAAGCUGGUGUAUCAUAA